AUGCCAGAUGUCUACGGGGCACAAGAGGUUAUCCUCAACAUAAAUUGGGACAUUAAAGUUGAUAUUUGGAGCAUUGCUAUGGCGAUUUGGCACCUCGUAGCUAGGCGUACAUUCUUCAAAACCAGGAAUGAUCAACGACUUUUGGACGAUACGCACCACCCUGCGGAGAUGGUUGCUAUCAUGGGGCCUCCUAAACAGUUUCUAGAACGAAGUGAGAUGAGUUGUCUAUGGUGGGAACAACACGGAGUGUUCUCCCUUGAACGGUUUGCCGAAGACAUCGAGGAAGAGAACAAAAAGGGAUGUUCGGAGAUUUCCGAAGGAUUCUACGUUCGUUGCCUGAGAAAACCCGAUUGA